AAAAACACUACACAAUAAAACUGCCAAAUGCAGCCACUCUGCCACUGAGUUGGAGUCGCCGCACUCAUAUCAACGCUUCCAGAGUUCGUCGUCAGCAACCACAUACGGUGAGAAACUCCGUCCACCACAAUUUACCUCCGCCUAUUUUCAAUUUAGAAGAAAGUCAUGGCAAUGAACCAUGUAAGGUCCGUUAGAUGCAUUCUUAGCACCAAAGAAGCAGUUGCGGUUGCAUAUCAACGAACUUAUGCGACUGGUAAAGCAAAGAAAGGAUCGAAAGGGGGUGCAGCUGUCGAUGGACCGAAAGCGUCUUCUCUCAGCAAAGAAGUCAAGGCAAGUACCGUUGUAGGUGGCAACAUUCUCAAGGAAGGAACCGAUCCAAAAGUCCUGCCUGACUCUGAAUACCCAGACUGGUUGUGGCAUCUGCUUGAUAAGCGCCCCGCGCUAAGUGAGUUACGUAGGAAGGAUAUCGAUACACUCCCUUAUGAAGAUCUUAAACGCUACGUUAAGCUUGAUAAUCGAGCUAGGAUCAAGGAGAAUAACUCUCUCAAGGCUAAGAACUAGUUCAAUGUCAGAAAGAGAAUUGGGGGAUGGGGUGGUUUAAAGAUCAAACAGUGUUAGAGGUAUUUCCUUUUCGAGUUUUUCGUGGUUCUCAGUUUUGUGAGAUUCCUUAGUUAUUAAUUUACAUUUGUGCAAAUUGUUGAAUGGAAACAACACCUAAUAUUUGUUUCAUUUAGGACUUCUGUUUUUUCCCCUGCUACUAUUCAGAUUGUUUUGACCUGGGAUGUUUAGUAGAUUAAAGUCUAUUAAAUUUUGUUGAUUAAAUAGAACAUGUCACUAUUUACUUUUU